GCAGCUGUGACAAUUUUUAUUGAGAGUUAAGUAUCCUACUGAAGCAAUCUCAUUGCUCAAACCAGAGGCUGGGUCAGCAUUACAUGUGAGAGUCCCACUUUAAUGCGCCAAAUCCCAGUUUUCAUUUCCUUAUUUCCCAUUUCCUUCCAUAUAUACAUGCAAGCCUACCCCGCAACCCCAGGUGUGUGUCUGUGUUUUCUCCCUCUCCGUUCACACGUCAGACAAAAAACUCGUAAUUUCGGCUUUGAAGAAACACAAGAAACAGCCACCUCAGCCAAAGGCCUUGGGGUUUAAGAGUUCUCUAUAGCCUUGCAUAAUUUACUUUUUGAAUCCAAUAUGACUAUCGAGAAAAAAUAUAUGGAUUUGGUACUAGUCCCAAUGGGGAUCUUUAUAAUGAUGGCUUACCAUCUAUGGCUUCUCUACCGAAUCGUAAAUAAUCCCACCAAGACUGUCAUCGGCGUCAACGCCAUCAACCGCCGCUUCUGGGUUCGAGCUAUGAUGGAGGACGUUUCCAAAAAUGGGAUUUUGGCAGUGCAAACGCUGAGAAACAACAUAAUGGCAUCGACUGUAUUGGCAUCGACGGCUAUCAUGCUGAGUUCCCUCAUCGCUGUGUUGAUGACGAGCGGUACUAGUAGUAGAUCGUCUUGGUUCAUAUUUGGAGACAAAAGCGACGUAGCAUUUUCUAUCAAGUUUUUCUCGAUAUUGCUUUGCUUCCUGGUGGCCUUCUUGCUCAACUUGCAGUCCAUCAGGUAUUACAGCCAUGCAAGCAUGCUCAUCAACGUGCCUGUGAAGAAGAUGUUCCAGGAUCAGCGCUACCACCAUCUCACCGCUGAAUAUGUGGCCACCACCGUGAAUAAAGGCAGCUAUUUUUGGUCUCUAGGACUUCGUGCCUUUUACUUCUCUUUCCCUCUUUUUUUUUGGAUCUUUGGGCCCCUUCCUAUGCUUUUCAGUUGCAUUUCCCUCUCUUUCAUGCUGUAUUUCCUCGAUUUUACCUUUCAAUUUGGGUGGGCCUCUGGGGUUAUCGAUGAUUACAAUGGUCACAUGCAUGAGGAAUUAGAGGAUUCAGUUCGACCGUAAUCCCUCUAAUUUCCUGUAGGAGUAUAGGAAAUGCCAGCGUCGUUUAAUCCAAGUUGAACUGAAUGGCAUGUCAUCAGAUGGAAAAUAAUGUUGUUAAAUAAGUACUGGAGCACAUGCUUUUUAGCUUUCAUUGUUAAACGAACAGGUUUUAUGAUCAGAAAUGGGUUUUAAGCCUUUUCACUUAUAAUGCUGUAUUGAAGGAAAGUUGUUCCAUAAAAGGAAUGAAAAUUGAAAGGUUUGUUUUCUUCUGUGUAUGUUAUGGAUAUCACUUCCUUUGGCAGCA